CUCACCUCCCUUGUCUUUGAUGGCUUUCCAUCUCCGCCGCAAAUAAGAAUCAUUCAACCAAAUAAGAAUCAUAUAAGCAAAGAUCCAGGUGGUUGGUCCGAAUCCAAGCCUGAAUCAAAAUUUCACCCAUGAAUGGCGCUCAAGUUAACCCUAAAAUAAACAGCCUGAAUAAAAGUUUCACCCGUGAAUGGCGCUCCGCUCGCCGUCCCAAUCCCAGCGCCGGAACUCGCCAAUUCAUCACCAGGUUCCUCAUUUUCUCCGCCUCCCAAAAUGGCCAGGCCUUCGACAAGUACGGCUGUGGAGUUGCCGAUUCAUCCACAGUCGAGGGUUUCAUUCCUCUGUCGACCUUUUUCCCCAGUGUCUGAACCCGGGGAGAAUCGACGCCAAGCUGGAGUCCCUGUCUUCCUCGAGAACACGAACCCUAAAUCCUUAAACCCUUUCACCUCUUCGAACUCCAGUCCAACCCGCCUUCCUCCCCAUUAACCCACAUCCACGACCACCAGCAGGGUGCGUUAAAAUAAAUGUCGGUUAGUUUCAUGUUGAUGAAUUACAGCAGGUAAACUUUGAGAUGAAUUGAAAAAGGAGGGAGGAGAGUCCAGCUUUGUAAUCAUCGGAGGUGGGAAUCCCCGAUCUUGUUCUGGAAGCGUCGUGGCGGAGUUGCACGGGCGGAGUAGUGGUAGGUCGGGAUAUGGAGAGAAGAAUGAAGGAGGAAAUAAUGUUUUGUUUUAUUU